CAUCUGUUUAUCUGUCUGCACAUUCAACAUGCUGAAAAGAGAGCUGAGCAUUCUCACAUUGUUGGUGCUACUAUGCCUUCAUGACGUCAAAGCAGAAAACCUCAUCACCUGUGGAGGACUAACUGCCAGUCUCACCUGUGCACAGGGAACCAUUAAGGUGCUUUCUGCCAAUUAUGGUCGUACAAGCAGAACAACCUGCUCUGCCAGAAAACCACCUAGACAAAUCGCUAAUGUUCGGUGCACUCAGAGCACAUCCCUAAGUGUGCUGUCCACACUGUGUGAUGGAAAGCAGAAUUGUUCCAUUGUUGUGGGGAAUGCAGCUUUCACUGAACCUUGUCCUGGAACUUACAAAUACCUGAAUGUGUCCUACGAGUGCAUCUUACCAACGACACCCCCACCCCCACCCCCACCAUCAAGUACAAAUAAUUCAGUCACAUGUGAAUCAGACACUGCCAGUCUCAGCUGUGCAAAGGGAAGCAUUAAGGUGCUUUCUGCCAAUUAUGGGCGAAUGAACCAAAUAACCUGCUCUACUGGAAAACCAGCUAACCAGCUCUCAAAUGAUCGGUGCACUCAGAACACUUCCCAAAGUGUGGUGUUCAGUCGAUGUGAUGGAAAACAGGACUGUUCCAUUCCUGCAACUAACAACGUUUUCAUUGAUCCAUGUGUUGGGACUUACAAAUAUCUCAAUGUGUCCUACGUCUGUGCCGAAGGAAAAACUGUUAUAAUCUGUCAAGAUAGAAGCAGUACCAUUAGCUGUGAGGGACGUCGCAAACUAAACAUUCACUUUGCUAACUAUGGGAGGAGAGAUAAGGUGACCUGCCCUAACGGGAAUAAUGAAGCCAUUUGCAUCUCCUCUGAGACCAGCAAACUGCAAACCAAGUGUAAUGGAAAGAGAAGUUGUCAACUACGUGCUUCAAAUUCUAAUUUCAAAAAUCGGUGCCCUGACAUCCAUAAAUAUUUGGAGGUGUCUUACAGUUGUGAAUAACCAAGAUAAACCCAGAAAUGUAAACAUCUGCACAUCUUCUGUAACCUUUAAUGGAGCAGGAAAGAAAUCUUCUGUUUAAUUUUUUCAUCUGAUUUUCUUCAUGAUAUUCAUAGACUCUUGCAACUGAAUAAAAUAUAUGCCCGUUUUCACAGACAAGGCUAACCUAGUCCCAGACUAAAAUAAAUAGUUGAUAAAUAUGUAAGUGUUGUAUCAAGAUGUAUACCAGUAACGUUUUUAUACAGUAAGAUUUAAAUAUCCUAAUUUAACA